CAUGUCAGUGAUAAUUUUUUUCGCUGUUGGCUUGCUCUAAUUGGCUAUGGUUAUUCUUUACGUCCAUCCGUGAGGCAUUUCCCAGCAUCAGCAUUGUUCAGCAACAGCAGACUCUUGUGGACUGCCAAUUAUUUCGCGGCUAAAUAAAAUGAGUCAUAAAUUGGCAGGUUUAACGACGUAGUAUCUCUUCAUCUGUCUCUCGUAACACAGUCCCCCAUGAUUGCCAGUUUGCGUCAGGAUGACGAGGAGACGCCUCUUUUGCAACAACGAGAGCAGCCGGUGGCUAGGACACCUUUGCCCUGGGAUCAAUUCUGGAUCAUAAUGUUUUUGCAACUCUCAGAUCCUUUUGCUUCUCAUACUCUUGCGCCGUUCAUUCCCCAACUCAUCAGAGACAUCGGAGUGACCCACGGAGACGAAUCCCAGGUUGGACACUUCGUCGGCAUCCUGCAAUCAUCGUACUGGGCAGCUCAGGCAUUGACUAUUUUCCAUUGGAGUCAACUGUCUGAUCACAUCGGGCGGAGGCCUGUAAUACUGAUAGCUCUAUUCGCAAUUUCGGUUUCGAUGUUCUCGUUUGGGCUGUCCAAAACCUAUCUCGGUCUGGUCGUCAGUCGUGCUAUCUGCGGAGCAUUGAAUGGGAGCAGUGGCGUCAUCAAGAGCAUGGUGAUGGACAUCACUGACGCAACCAAUAUGCCAAAAGCAUACGGUUAUAUGCCACUUCCGUGGACGAUUGGAUUCAUAGUUGGACCACUCGUUGGGGGUUUUCUCUUCCGACCAGCAGACAGAUUCCCUGAAAUCUUUGGGCGAUCAGAAUUCCUGAAAACCUACCCGUACCUCUUGCCAUGCUCUGUUCCAGCAAUAUUUUCAUUAGUAGCUUGGAUAGUCACGUAUCUACGUCUCAAGGAGAGUGUUGCUACCAGGGCACGACUUUGGGAGCUGAUCAAAGAAGCUUUCGUUCGACAGUUGUAUACAAAGCCUUCCGCGCCAUCGACCAAGGCUCUGGUCGGUUCUGGGCCAGCAAACUCUGAAGACAAACCCCCAAAACCGCUUCCACUACGCGCCUUGCUAACCCCGAAAGUUUCGACUGUCACAGCGAGUUAUGCCACCAUGACCCUCUUUCAUCUGGCAUUUUCCUCGAUCCUACCUGUUUUCUAUGCGACGCCCAUUGAACUCGGUGGUCUUUCACUUGACCCUCCCCGUAUCGGUGCUAUACUUGCGGCAUCAGCUGUCGUCCAUGGCACAUUCCAGAUACUUUUCUACGCUCGCUUACAUGAUCGCUUUGGCGCAGGAGCCAUUCAUGUCACGGGUGUUAGCUCAGGAAUACCUAUUGUCCUCUUAUUCCCAGUGAUCAAUGGACUGGCUCGAGUCCAUGGCCUAGGUUUAGCGGUGUGGUUGUGUGUUAGCGUUCAACUUGUGCUGAUGACUAGCUUGGUCAUGUGUUAUCCUUCCUUGGCUUUGUUUAUUAGAGCCGCUGCUCCCAAUCGUGCCUCGCUUGGCGCAACCAAUGGAAUUGCCCAGAUGGCUGUCGCAGGAGCAAGGAUCAUUGGCCCAGCUUCUGCAGCCUCAGUCUUCUCUUAUUCGAUGCAGGAAGGUCAUGAUACGUGGUUGGUGUACUACUGCUUGAUGGCAAUGUCAUUUCUCGCUGUAGGUACUUCUCUGUUACUUCCCCGUGAUCCUAGUGUAUGGGAAGAAGAGCAGCAAUAGUGUGACACCAUGUGUCCCAUCUGUUUUCUAGCGACGUCCACUCUGUCUGACAGAGCGUUUUCCGUACACUGAGAAAAACCUUACCCGACGGAAGCACGGUGAAGAUGGUUUGUGUCUUUGCGCAAUCUACGGCCUCGUGGGCAAUAAGUAGCAUAUACGAUUUUCUACAUCUUCACUACGUUC